AUGGCGAUUAUUCAGGAGGACAACAAGGAGUUGAAUCAGAAGAUUGACAAAGUCUUGAUGGAAAACAAGCGGAUUAAACGGGACAUGGAGGACCAAUCAAAGGCGAACGCUCUUCAGGAGAAGAAAAUCUCGAAAAUGGAACACACGGUUGCUGAUAUGCAAAAGACUUUGAAGAAUUGUGAAAUUCAGAAAACAUCAAUACUUAACACAGGGCAAAAAAUAUUGCAGAAAGAAGAAUUAUUCAGACAUGAAGACAAUCAUACAGCGCCUCUGAUCAAUGGUACAACAUUUGACAAUACACAAGCACACAAUUUACCUGAAAAACUGAAUAUCUAUAACGAACAGCGCAGGAGGGUUCAACGAUUACUGAUGACGGAUAUCCCACCUACACCUGCCGAUUGUGUUGCCUUCUUUUCUUUCAUGUCCAAGUCGGAGAAUCACCCAGGCCAACAUCAGACAAUCAUCUUCGAUGUUGCACAUACAAACGUCGGCAGUAACUACAGUCCACAUACUGGUGCCUUCACUGCUCCCAAACAUGGCGUGUAUGCAUUUACUUGGAAAAUAUAUGCCAGCUCUGGCGGAUUCAUUUUUACGGAUUUGGUCGUCAACUCCAACUCUGUAUCUGGGUCAUUUGCUGGUGCUCAAAGUGUCAGCACUAUAGUUUCGUCAACAGAUAUGGUCAUUUUAGAAUUGAACCAAGGCGAUGAGGUUCAUAUUCGUACACAACCAGACGUGGGAGUGAGUGGGAUUUUACAAAGCACUCGCCGAUACCGAUCUACUUUCAACGGCUGGAAACUCUUUUGA